GGCAACACACUCGGCAAGGGGGUGGCCCUAGAGAGGGGCGGCUUGAUCACCCAAUCACCCAGCGUCGGGGAUCCACAGGAUCCAGGGGCGCGCUCCACGGAAGGGGUUCCUUCCUUCUACCACCCUCCACCUCUGAGAUCACCAACCCUACGGGAGCUCCCGCCUCUUUUCCAGCCCCCGGAGGACCUCCCGGGAGCCCGGGCCCCUGUGUACAAGACUAAGGUGGAACAAAUUCUGUAGCCCAGACGACGGCUGGAGUGGGGACACACCCAGCCCGAGAAGCCUGCCGGAGCUCCUGAGUCUCAGAGGAUCUAAGUCGGAGUGUUGCUGUCCCUAGGGGUGGCGAAAGCUCCAGAAACCACGUACAGAAAAAGAUGCCUGCCUUCAACAGAUUGCUUCCCCUAGCAUCUCUCAUGCUCGUCUACUGGGUCAGAGUCUGCUUCCCUGUGUGUGUGGAAGUACCCUCGGAGACGGAAGCCGUGCAGGGCAAUCCCAUGAAGCUGCGCUGCAUCUCCUGCAUGAAGAGGGAGGAGGUGGAGGCCACCACUGUGGUGGAAUGGUUCUACAGGCCUGAGGGCGGUAAAGAUUUCCUUAUAUACGAGUAUCGCAAUGGCCACCAGGAGGUGGAGAGCCCCUUCCAAGGGCGCUUGCAGUGGAACGGGAGCAAAGACCUGCAGGACGUGUCCAUCACUGUGCUCAAUGUCACGCUGAACGACUCUGGCCUCUACACAUGCAACGUGUCCAGGGAGUUUGAAUUUGAGGCGCACAGGCCCUUCGUGAAGACCACGAGACUAAUACCCUUGAGAGUCACUGAAGAGGCGGGAGAAGACUUCACCUCCGUGGUCUCAGAAAUCAUGAUGUACAUCCUCCUGGUCUUCCUCACCCUGUGGCUGUUCAUUGAGAUGAUCUACUGCUACAGAAAAGUCUCCAAGGCUGAAGAGGCAGCCCAGGAAAAUGCGUCUGAUUACCUUGCUAUCCCUUCAGAGAACAAGGAGAACUCUGUGGUGCCUGUGGAGGAAUAAUGCGGUGUGACUUGAGGUGAUCUGAGCACUGAGGGAGUUGGAUUCCCAGUUCAGUGAUGUCAGCAGCAUCAGCAAGGUGCCCCAAGAAUCCCAAGCAUCCGUCUUUCUAGUCAUCAACCUCCCACCCCAACUGUGAGAUUUUAUCUGACUUCCAAGCUCUAUUGGAACUCUACACAUCUUGCCUGAACUGAAGAGCCAACAUCUCUACGUGAACUAAACCUUGCUCUGUCCUUGCUUUCAAGCAAGCAGCUCCCAACUCAACUAAAGUUGUCCCUUAUGCUCCAAAUGACUUUAGACAAGUACUGGAGAGUAGUGUUUCCUCUGCCCUAACUGUCUGCCAUUGGGUCAUUCUCCACUGCUACAAAAAGAAUAGAUAUACACCAGAAGGAAGCACCAAUUAGUUUGGGUUAAAGCCAAAGCAUGUAAUACACUUAGAUUCACUGACAUCAGUUUUUUUUUUUUAAGUCCAUGGCCUGCUUCUCAGAAUACCAGAAAGCAGCAUGAUCCUCCAAGGUUUCUGGAAACAUUUUCUGUGUGGACGGGUAUGCUUUCUGGAUCUUAGCGUUUCAGGGCUAGAUCUCCAUAAUCCCAAAGGCCUGGAGCAAACCAGGAACUUCCAAGAAGCCAAGGAAGGAUCCAGGGCAAUUUCAUGAGGCCUUGAAAGUGAUACAACAUACUCCUGAUAUUGGAAACAUGGAUGUGUGUCCUUUCUGGAUUGAAAUUGCUCAGCUGCUCCCUUCUUAGUGUCUGUGGAUCAGUAUUACUCCUCAUUUUACAGGAGGCAGCUGAGACUCACACAGGGAUGAACAGAAGCUUUAGGGGAUUAAAGAGAGCUAGGGAUGAGAUUUCAAUGCCACUAACCUCAUGGUCCCUGAGACGGAAGAUGUUUCUGAAGACCCUGACACUCAGCUUGACUAUAGCCAUGCCACUUGCCCAGCAGAGGCUAACUAUCACAGAUUCCAGGAUCUGGCAGUCAGGCAAGAGAACACAAAAGGCCUGAGACAGACCUGCAGAAUUUCGCACCAAUAUGAGGCAUCCUUCAGAAGACACAGCACCUGAGGAUGAUAUCUAUACAGAUGAAAAAUGUCUUAGCCUGACAUGGAAGAUGAACAAAGUGACAAAGAUAGGUGUGUAGCUUCUAAAUACCUCACCUGUAGAUCUGUAAUGUCUGGUAUUUGAUGUUUGUGUGCCCCCCGCCCCACCCAGGAGAGCAUAGAAAUGAGAUUAUUAGUCAGCAUCUCAUUAUCUCAUUUUAAUGACUGUUCUAAGUGCAAUAUUCUUUAGCCUAUACAGAUAGCAAGGGCAGGACGCCUUAUGGGAUAUAAAAUGACAGAAGUGGGAUUCAAGAAGAGAAAUGUCCCUCAGAUCUGGAGAAAUCUAUAAGAAAGACCAUUCUCCACUCCCACAGGGUUUUGUAUGACAAGCUCGUUCUCACCCCUCCCAUCACUGGGGCAUACUUGAAACAAGACCCUCAUCAUUUAUGAAAAGAGUAAUUUUGUUGGAGAAAAUAUUUGCAAUAAAUUCAAGACCCUUCUUCUCAUCA